AAAUAGACUUCAGUGGGCGCUUCACCGCAUUACCACAGAGUGAGGAAAGCGGAUGACUCGUCACCUCAAACCGUUCACCCAAAGCCAAACUUUGUAGCUGGUAGCUAGUUUUGCGCUCAGGACACAGCCCAGCCCUUGUGGUUAUUGUUUGCUAUUUGCGCUGCCUAAAAAAUGAACUUGACGACUGAUAAGGGAGUUCUCCGAUGGCUUCAUUUAUGAGGCGUGAGUUAAGAGUGAGCGAGAAAGAACUACGUUUCGCUGCGGAUUGUUACUACUAGUUACAACAGAGCAACUGCGAGUAGUGAAGAGCGAAAACCUAUUGCUAGCUUGCUAGCUGUGUUCGGGUUGAGCGUUCGAGCACGGAAAGUUUUCAGUGCAUGCGUGCGUCCUAUAAAUUUUCAGUUUGACUCAAUUGUAUACGUUGAAUUAUUCCUUUUAAAUACAAAGGACUACGGCUGUAUUUUAACCCAAAAAGACUGCUCAAAAUUGGGAGGACUUUACUGAGCUCAAGAUGUCAAUUUUACCUUUUACUCCCCCGAUUGUGAAAAGGCUUUUGGGCUGGAAAAAAGGAGAACAGAACGGCCAAGAAGAGAAGUGGUGCGAAAAGGCGGUUAAAAGCCUCGUGAAGAAGUUGAAAAAGACUGGUCAACUGGAUGAGCUGGAAAAAGCCAUCACCACGCAGAAUAUCAACACGAAAUGCAUUACCAUACCGAGGUCUCUGGAUGGCCGCCUGCAGGUGUCCCACAGGAAGGGGCUGCCCCAUGUCAUAUACUGCCGGCUGUGGCGCUGGCCGGACCUGCAGAGCCACCACGAGCUGCGGGCCAUGGAGCUGUGCGAGUUCGCCUUCCACAUGAAGAAGGACGAGGUGUGCGUCAACCCCUACCACUACCAGAGGGUGGAGACGCCAGUGCUGCCCCCGGUCCUGGUUCCUCGGUACACAGAGAUCCCCAGUGAAUUCCCACCGCUGGAUGACUACAGCCACUCCAUCCCCGAGAACACCAACUUCCCCGCCGGCAUCGAGCCCCAGAGCAACUACAUCCCCGAGACGCCUCCGCCAGGCUACCUCAGUGAGGACGGGGAGACCAGCGACCACCAGAUGAACCACAGCAUGGACGCCGGGUCCCCAAACCUGUCGCCCAACCCCGUCUCUCCAGCACACACCAACCUGGACCUGCAGCCGGUGACGUACUGUGAGCCGGCGUUCUGGUGCUCCAUAUCCUACUAUGAGCUGAACCAGCGCGUGGGGGAGACCUUCCACGCCUCCCAGCCCUCGCUCACUGUGGACGGCUUCACUGACCCGUCCAACUCUGAGCGCUUCUGCCUGGGCCUGCUCUCCAACGUCAACCGCAACGCCGCCGUGGAGCUCACCCGUCGGCACAUCGGCAGGGGGGUGCGGCUGUACUACAUCGGGGGAGAGGUGUUUGCCGAAUGCCUCAGCGACAGCGCCAUCUUUGUCCAGAGUCCAAACUGCAACCAGCGCUACGGCUGGCACCCAGCCACCGUCUGCAAGAUCCCACCAGGCUGCAACCUGAAGAUCUUCAACAACCAGGAGUUUGCCGCCCUGCUGGCCCAGUCAGUGAACCAGGGCUUCGAGGCGGUGUACCAACUCACCCGCAUGUGCACCAUCCGCAUGAGCUUCGUCAAGGGCUGGGGAGCGGAGUACAGGCGACAGACGGUGACUAGCACCCCCUGCUGGAUCGAGCUGCACCUCAACGGUCCGCUGCAGUGGCUGGACAAGGUGCUCACCCAGAUGGGCUCCCCCAGCAUCCGGUGUUCCAGCGUGUCAUAGGAAGGUCCUCCCCCCCCCCCCCACAUCCCGGACGACGCACAGACCAAAACCCACAGAGAAAAUUGGGGGGGGGGGAGAAUGGGGCCCCCCCCCGCACAGCAGAUCUGCUGCACACACCCCAUCCGUUGGAUCCAGCUGCACCACUUCACACAUGGUCCUAAAGCACUUUUAUUUCAUGUUUGUGGCAAAGGGGAUGAGUGCAUUACAAACAGUACAGUUUGUAUUGUUUUCACGCUUUCUGUAUCGAUUUGAUGCUGAAUUUUAAAAAAGAAAAAGAAAAUGUGUAUAUUGUCUUGGCAUUCGCUGCCAAACAGCCAUCGUGAGCCAUAGGUGAAAAAUAAUGAAAAAUGAACAGAGAUGUCCCGUCUGUAGUUCUUCAUGUUUUUAGCUGUACAUAUACCAGCAGAGGUGUAGUUGUAGUUCAGAGCGCAUUAUGAACAAUGAAAGACUGUUAUCUUUGUUGUGGACAGAAAAGGAAAUGGAUGUUUGAAUGCUUGGAGUGGGGGUGUCAGACUCAGAUCCUGGAGGGCUGUGUGUGUCCUGGCUCUUCAGCGCGGUCGUUCGGAUCGCUGGACGUUCGUAGUGACGUUCAUACCUCUGCAUUUCUGAAAACGCAGUCCAGCUGACAUUUCAGCGCAGGCCGAGUGUAUUCCAUAUUUAACUUUCCCUCCAGGAAGUGAGUCUGACGCGCCUGACCUGGAGUGCAGACAUGAGGAAAGCCCCCUGCCCUCCUCCUGAGAGUUGAUUUUAAGUGAACCAAACCUGUAAGAGAAGUUUUCACUUUUUCAUGCCUACAAGCUAUACACAGAAUGGAGAGGCUGGUUAGAUGCUUUAAAGCAUUGUGUCAUUUUGUUCUUUUGUUUAUAAAGACUAAUCCCCAGCGCGCACACACACGCACACACACACACGCACAUAGCUCUCUCCUCUCUGCUGGAGAAAGCUGGCAUAGCUGGCAGACCUGGCAGCGCUGCCAGUGAGCAGGAAGAGCGGGCGCGUGCCCUGGGGUGAAACGGUGACGUGUGCCCGCGUGUGAUGGGGCGUGUCAGGUCUCUGUUCCAGCACGGUGCUGGGACACCGCAGUCUGCCACCCUGCUCGUAAUCUCCCUUUGUGAACCCUUCCCAGGCAUCCAUUCUCUCUGCUGAUGUAAGAAUGGAUUGUGCCGUGUGUUUAAUCUUUUAGCCAGCUGUCAGCCCGGUGUCUGUCUCCCAGCCCUAGGACAGGAGCCAGCUUCCUGUCCACCAUCCUCACUCACUCGCUCCCUCUCUCCCUCUCUCUCUCUCUCACUCACUCGCUCCCUCUCUCUCUCUCUCUC